UUGUUUGGAGGGCAGACUACUACUAGAUUGAUACACCCUAUCCCCCAUAUAUAUCUUCCACUCUCACUGGACACAAUCUGCCCACAUCAGCUCACAUAGCUUUCCUCCAAGCCUCUCACCUCACUCAAAAAUACACAAUCACAGUUGACCUACCACCAUUGCUGCCACCCAGCUGCAGCCAUGAGCUCUUUCUCUCCCUCCAUCUCCACCGUCAAAUGCAUUCGGUCAUCAUCCAUUCAUUCAUCCCCAGCCGAUCAUCCACACCUUAAAAUGUCACCAAAUCGCAUGCCAUCGCCGCCAUCACUAUCACACACUUGUGCUCUAAAGCCAUUAAUUUCCAUUAGUAGUAUCGGGACCUCAAGUAAGUUUCGGGUGCUGAGGAUUACACGUUGGGAAUCUUCCUUAUAGUGUGGACAGUGCACAGCUUACUGGGAUUAUUCAGGACUAUGCUAGUCCUGAGCUCAUUGAGGAAUUUUUCUACAACGUGAACUCGCAUUUAAUGGAAACGUGUUUGCAGAUGCUAGAUCAACGAGUUCACGAUUUCUCUGAGGAUAAGGAUUAAUCGCAGUUCAUUAGAUUUAGUAGAUGUUACAAAACCCAGCGAGACAAUGCCAUCUUCAUCAACUAGCAAAACUGUCUCCUUGUGCAAUUUUUUACCGAUUAUGCCUUCCGUACUUUGAAUUAUUACUGAUGAAUCGUAUGCAGGUUCUGUAUCAUAGGGACACUGGAAAGAGCAGAGGAUUUGCAUUUGUCACAAUGAGCGCUAUUGAAGAUUGUAACGCUGUCAUCGAAAAUCUUGACGGACACGAAUUUGCUGGGCAAACCUUGAGGGUGAACAUUUCUGACAGGCCGAGAACGAAGGUACCUCUAUAUCUUGAAACUGAGUACAAGCUUUUCGUUGGGAAUUUAUCCUGGUCAGCCACAUCCGAGAGUUUGACAAAAGCUUUCCAAGAAUAUGGAACCAUGGUUGGAGCUAGGGUUCUGUACGAUGGCGAGACAGGAAGGUCCCGUGGCUAUGGAUUCGUAUGCUACUCAACAAAAUCAGAAAUGGACGUUGCCUUAGAAUCUCUCAAUGGAUUUGAACUAGAAGGAAGAGCACUGCGUGUAAGCUUGGCCGAAGGAAAACGUUCAUAAAAUUUUGUGUACAUUUGAAUAAGGGGUUAAUUAAUUAGAACAUGUUAAUUAGCUGAGGUAUAAAAUUCAUAUGCAAUCGCUUAAACGAUUUAAUUGAGACUCCCCUUUUCAUUUCUUGCUGCAUUCUGUAACUCAACUUUUUUGUUUCACAAUUCCUU